CUUCCUCUGGUUCUUCUUCUUCUUCCCCGGAUCUGAUGCGUGUGUGUGUUCGCGUGGUUGUGUGCAGACAGUUAAAGGAAGGGGGCGGGCCAUGGAGAAGCUGCAAGGUGUGGGCCUGAAGCCAUGGAUGGAUGUGUUUGGUAUGAGGAUAGAGGACGGCGAGGUGGCACCGAACCGAGCGGCGGGCAAGGACGAAGUGAAGCUGCGCGCACCGUCGUCAUAUCCCUCCUCCGCCUGCUGUUACUGGAAGCAAGCGCAGUACCAUCUCAUUUCAUCCACGACGUGAGGUAUGACUCAUCCUCGCAUUCUUACUUCGCCUUUGUUUCCUUCAGCUUCUUGAUCCUGAAAUUUUAUGAUAAAUUGGUGAUCGACGAGGACUACUGCGGCCCGAUGGGAGUCCUGCUCUUCAACUACUCGGAGGCAGACUUCACCGUGAAGCCCCGCGACCGUGUCAUAGAGAUUAUCGUCCAGGUGAUUGCGACGCAGGAGGUCCCCGGGGUGGAGGACCUCGACGCCACCGUCCGGAGUUCCUCAAGGUGGAGGACCUCGACGCUUUGUACAUACAUCUAGAGAAGUGGUCUGGUUAGGUUGGUGGUGAAAUGCUAGGGAAGGUACCAACCUUUUGAUGAUGGUUGUGUGUGUCCUCGUGAUCUCUUCGAAUUGAGAUGUUGAAUGUUGCAUCCAUGAACACUGCAAGUGUUAAGAUGGUUCUGUGAAAUUUAUUUUGCAUUGGACGUGUCUCUGAUCUCCAUUCAUGAAUA